CCCACUCAGAACCGCUGGUCACCCGAUUAAAUUCUCACCGAACCGUAACACCCAAACAGAUCUACAAUGUCUUCUGAAGGAUUUGGCGAGACUUUGGUGAUUCGGUUCGGCCUUAUAAACGCAAAUAACAAAUAUCUCACAGCGGAGACAUUCGGCUUUAAAAUCAACGCCUCUGCGACCUCCAUGAAGAAAAAGCAAGUGUGGACCCUGGAGCAGUCUGGAGAUCACGGAGACUCCAAUGCCGUGUUCAUCAAAAGCCACAUGGGCAGAUACCUCGCCACCGACAAGGAUGGCAACGUGACCGCCGACAGCGAGCAACCCGGCCCGGAUUGUCGGUUCCUAGUGAUCGCUCACGAUGACGGCCGGUGGUCCCUGCAGUCCGAGCCAAACGCACGCUACCUGGGCGGCACCGAGGACCGGAUUGUAUGCUUUGCGCAAAGCAUCUCUCCUGCGGAGAAAUGGAAUGUGCAUCUGGCGGUCCAUCCUCAGGUGAACGUAUACAGCAUCGCUCGAAAGCGGUACGCUCACCUGCGCACCGAGAGAAACGAGCUCGCCGUGGACCGGGACGUACCUUGGGGUGUGGACUCGCUGCUCACUCUCGUGUACCUAGAUCACCGGUAUCAUCUGCAGACAGCUGACAACCGCUUCCUCACGUGCAGCGGCACCCUGGUAACCAAACCCGACACCGACACCGGCUUCACUCUGGAGUUUCGGGCGGGUAAGGUCGCUUUUCGGGAUGCGACUGGCAAGUACAUCGCUCCCACGGGUCCCACAGGGACCAUGAAGUCCGGAAAGAGCGCGCGCGUCGGCAAAGAUGAGCUUUUUGUCCUCGUGCAAAGCCACGGGCAAGUGGUGCUCACUGCCAGCAACGAAAGAAACGUUUCCACGCGCCAGGGGGUGGAUUUAUCAGCCAAUCAGGAUGAGGAAUCAGAUCAGGAGGUGUUUCAGAUGGAGAUGGAUAGAGAGACAAAGCGCUGUGCUUUCCGAUCAUGCAAUGGGAAGUACUGGAGCCUUACCCCCAGUGGAGCGGUCCAGUGCACUGCCUCCACCAUGUCACCCAGUUGUUUCUUCAAUCUUGAGUGGAAAGGGUCAAAAGUUGCAUUGAAGGCCAGUAAUGGUAAAUACCUGGCAGCCAAGAAGAACGGCCAACUGGCGGCUGCUGUGGACUCUGCAGGCGAGAAGGAGGAGUUUGUGUUGAAGCUCAUCAACAGGCCACUGAUAGUGUUGCGUGGGGAACACGGCUUUAUAGGUUGCCGCAAACAAGGAACUGGGACCCUUGAUUCCAACCGCUCAUCCUAUGAUGUCUUCCAGUUAGAGUACAACAACAAUGCUUACAGCCUCAAAGAUGCAGUGGGAAAGUACUGGACAGUGGAGGCAGAUGGGUCUGUGGUUAGCAGUAGUGGUGCGCCUGUCUUUUUCCACUUUGAGUUUUGUGAUUAUAAUAAAGUGGCCAUUAAAACAAAGGAGGGCAAGUAUCUUAAGGGAGACCAUGCUGGUGUGCUCAAAGCCAGUGGCCAGGGCAUAACUGAAGCAACAUUAUGGGAAUACUGAGAAACAGUGGGACCCACCUUAAUACAUUUUCCCACAUACACACACGAACAACGUGUGUUCUUUAAACCUAUCCUUAAACAUAAGCUCAAGGCAUUCUCUAAUGCAUUAGCACAAGAUAAUAACAUACACAUCACACAACAUAAAAAAAUUAUUCUAAAUAUGCUAAUGGCAAAAACACAAUAGAGUGGAAAGAAUGGAGUACACUUUUUACAUAAUUAACUACAAACAAACCAUUGCACUAAAACCUUAAAGGGGUAGUUCACCCCUUAUUUACUCACCUUCAUGUUGUUCAAAACUUAUAGGACCUUCUUUCAGCCUGAUCUCAUGAACAUUACGUGACUGUGGCAACAUUUUUGCAAAGUGAAAUUAUGAGCCUCAUUACACGUUUCGCUGCAGUUUCCUAGUGAAAUGUCCAGUGGGGGGCGCCAAGAACGAGUGAAAUGGUGUCAUAAUCAUGCAAGAUUUUUAAGGGGUUUUUAUAAUAAAUGGAGGUCCUAAUGAGUAAAAUGCUUCUCCCUAGCCUAAAACUUUACCCUUAACAAGUAGUGCUCGAAAAGAAAAUGAGAGGUGAAUAAAAGAGACAUCCUUAUCCUAAACAAACCCCUAAACCUGACCGAUAGUGUCCUAAAAGUGAAUGCAACACAAAAAGCACAUUUUCUGAAUCAACCACAUAAUUUUGAGUUGCUUCUAUAACACUUUUGUCUCACAUGUCAGCUUGCGUGCUUGACUGGUCUCAAAAUACGGUCUUCCACGUCUGAAGUCCAGCACUCUAUCAGGCGAGCUACCGCCUGAUAGAGUGCGUUCUAAAACUUAGAUCGCGGAACGUAAAAGUCAGUUUACAAAAAUGUACUGUAGUUAUAGUAACAUUCAUUCUAUGAGAGGUUGCUUUUUUUUCUGCCAUGGAACACAAAAGGAGAUGUUAUUCAGAAUAUUAGUCUCAGUCUCCAUUUACUUUCAUUAUAUGGAGAGAAAAAAGAUGCAAUAAAAGUGAAUGUGAACAUUCUGACUAACAUUUCUUUUUGUGUUCUACAUAAGAAAGAAAAGUCAUGGGUUUGGUUCAUCAGGGUGAGGAAAUGAUGACAGAAUUUUCAUUUUUUUGGGUGUACUAUGCCUUUAAAUAAGUGAAGCACAAAUUUAUGUCAAGGGCAGACAGGAAGACUUUUUGAAAACUGGAUUAUAAUCAGACAAACUUGAAAUUUUACAAUGCAUAUGAUGUGCUUGGCUCGUUUGUCUCAAUGAUUAACAUGAAAAAAUAACAAUUGUGCAAAAAGCUGUCACGAAAUCAUGCAAAGAUGAAUUCACAUGAGUAGGCUUAUGCAAAGUUUCUCUGAUGCUUUUGUGACCUCAUUUCUCUCAUCGUAACAGCUGUUUCUAGUAAAUUCAGUAUCUAAGUGUAGUAUUACAUAAUGGUCAAUAAUUUGCUUGUGCAAAAUAGGCAUACAGACAUGUGUGUCAUCUUUUAGCCUUUAGGCAUAAUGUUUAUUUCUGCCCAUGAUCCAAAAAGCAUUUUUAGAGCGAACCGACUUCUGUAAAGAGGCCAGGUUUUUAAUAGCACCAUCUAGCACCAGCUCAGAAAAUAUCUGAGAAACAUCCAUGCUCUCUUUGGAGAGACUCAUUUCCAAAGGAACACAACUUGCACAGACGCACAGAGCAAGUGAAAAGCAAAUCAAGCACAUUAUUUAUUUGUUAAAUUGUUAUAUGUGGUGUUUGUGGCCAUGCUUGGUUUCAUGAUUGUAUUCUGCCAAAAUUAUAUUGUUCCCACUAGAGGAACAACAUUUUUUUUUUUUAUGUAAAUCAAGCUUAAUGUUGAUAUUACGUUGAUUUGCAGUUUUUCAGCUAAAUCUUUUCCAUGUGAAUGUGCUGAAGGAAAAAAAUGAAUAUGUGUUUGUGCCUUCCUCAUUGAGAUGAGAUCUCCUAAGUGUGAAAGUACAGUUUUUGAAUUUUCUUUUUUUUGUUCUCAUUAUGUGCUGUUUACAACUAGACAUCAAGAGAAAAUGAAUAAAAUAAAAAGUUGUUGUAA